ACGAAACACUUAACUCAACACUUACAACGUAAUACACAGAGACAUAACCACAAUGCGUGGAAUCCUUAAUUGGAUGUGUGGAUGUCCAAACGGUUAUACUAAUCGCAUGGCUCCGUAUCUAUCACAGAUCUCCAGAUGUUUGAGUUAUCACGCUCCCAUUUGUCGGCCGAGUAGUUUGCUACGCAAGCAAAUAUGUUCAGAAUCCAGGCCAUCAUCCUCAGGAAGUGGAGUGUACUGCCCGCUAUGGCAGACGAUAACCCCAACGCCCCAGACACCCAAUAUAAUACGGAUUCAGAUGUACUCGCAGAAUCCAGCCAAUGUUUUCACUAUUAAUACCAACGUGAACAUGCUCAGGAAAAGGAUUAGUUUCUCGGGAGUAGCCCCUGGAAGCAUUGGUGAUGUAAAUGCAGAGGGUAAUGUCAUCCCAGUGGGUCUAAUAACACCAGAAACCCAAGACGGUAAGCAGCUAAAGAUUGUUAUUGUGCCAUUAGAUUUGGCUGGUAUGGAUGGCGCUGCAUUGAAGAAUACUUUAGAAUCUAUCAAUCAUCUAAGGAAAUACGCCCAUCAGAUCGAUGCAUUUGCCACCAGCAUGAUUGAAGAUUAUCAUGCAUUAAGGAAUGAGUCGGAAGGUCAGACUGAACAAAGAAAGCAUGAAGAAACUGUAGCCGAGGAGCAGCAACAGUUUCCCAGUAUGGAUAAUCUCGGUGUUUGGGAAAACUAUACCACAGUUCCAACUGUGCCAUCAAUGGAUGUAAACGCAAUGGGUACAGCAGCCAAUCAAUCCAUUGCUCAACAAAAUCAAGCGACCGCUGCAGCCAGUUGCCAGAUUAGCCCGGAACAUGUGUCUGCCAUCCCAGCCCCAGCUACUGCUCCAAUUGUGGCCGUGCCAUCUGCUGCUGCUGUUCCUGCCAUUGCUCCGUUGACAGUGCCUCAGGCUGAACCCAAAAUAAUGCCACCAAGUGAUACAACACCCAGUCCAAUGAACGCUCAAGCCCUACCAUUGGAAGCGGAGGGUAAUUGUCAGGUCGAGGAGGUAGUUCUAACUGUACCCGAAGGCCUUAGCGAUCGUCUUAACGAAAUGGCCAUCUCAUCGAUGCAACUAUCAUUCGAAAUGGAUAUGACAAACGUCCGUGAUGCCAUCAUAAAUGGUCCUGCCGGUGUCAAGGAUCUGUCUGAACAGAAGGGACUAGACGAAGCAGUGCUUACCAUGGAAACAAAAGUGGAGCUUGACACUGAAGCCGAACCAGAGUGCGCGGUUCCAUUGCAAUUUCAAGCUCAAAUCCGUGGCAUUGUUCAAAUCGAUGCAAGUAAGUUGGAUUUGAGCCAACUAACAGAAGAAGGAUUGCCUGAAUAUAAUGAUACGAUGACAGCCAUAGCAGCCAACUUAUGCAGCACGGCCCUCAAGACAAGUUUCCCUUCUCAAAACGGAAUAGCCGAUACCUUGGAGUACACCGAUCAGCAACUAGCCGAGAUGUCUGAGGAUCAAUUGGCCGAACUAAAAGCAAAAUAUGCAGAAAGCAUUGCGGCCCUAGAGGCUACCCCAGCAGAAGUAUUUACCAGAUGCGAAGUGGGUCAACCGAUUUCAGCGAAAGCUCGCAUGGCUCUCAAGCGCCACCAGGCUAGAAAGCGGAUGAGUAUGGAACAGUCCCGUCCCAAGUUUAACGAAACGUCGCUGGCAUUGCCACGGGAAGAGACUACAGCGCGACCUUUGGUGGCUCCCGGUGUGUGGGACGAUGAUUUUCAAGGACCACAACUUCGGGAUGGCUGCAAGAAUCCCAUCAUCAAACCAAAGAAGAAGUGUCCAAAGAAGUGUCCCCUCGAUGAUCCCUGCAAGGAAGAUCCUUGUAAACGACCACAAAAGAAAGGUGACAAGAAAAAAGUCAAGAAAGCUUCGAAAACUACAGAAAUAACCGCAAGCGCGAAAAAGUGUGGAUCAAAAGAUGCCAAGGGCGGAGCCGAUAGCAAAAAAUCUUCAAGCGGCAAAGGUGGAAAAGGUGCCGGAAAAGAUGGUGGCAAAGACGGAAAAGAUGGCGGCAAGGAUCCCUGUGCCAUGUUCAAAAAAGGAGGCAAAGAUGGCAAGGACGGUAAAGAUGGCGGAAAGGAUGGCAAGAAGGACGAUCCUUGUGCCAAAUUCAAGAAAGGAGGCAAAGACGGUAAAGAUGGCGGAAAGGAUGGCAAGAAGGACGACCCUUGUGCCAAAUUCAAGAAGGGAGGCAAAGACGGUAAGGAUGGUAAAGAUGGCGGAAAGGAUGGUAAGAAAGAUCCUUGUGCCAAAUUCAAGAAAGGAGGCAAAGAUGGUAAAGAUGGUAAAGAUGGCAAAGAUGGCGGAAAAGAUGGCAAGAAAGAUCCUUGUGCCAAAUUCAAGAAAGGAAGCAAAGAUGGUAAAGAUGGCAAAGAUGGUGGAAAAGAUGGCAAGAAAGAUCCAUGUGCCAAAUUUAAGAAAGGAGGCAAAGGUGGUAAAGAUGGGAAAGAUGGCGGAAAGGAUGGCAAGAAGGACGAUCCUUGUGCCAAAUUCAAGAAGGGAGGUAAAGACGGUAAGGAUGGUAAAGAUGGCGGAAAGGAUGGCAAGAAAGAUCCUUGUGCCAAAUUCAAGAAGGGAGGCAAAGAUGGUAAAGAUGGCGGAAAGGAUGGCAAGAAAGAUCCUUGUGCCAAAUUCAAGAAGGGAGGCAAAGAUGGUAAAGAUGGCAAAGAUGGCAAAGACGGUAAAGAUGGCGGAAAAGAUGGCAAGAAAGAUCCUUGUGCCAAAUUCAAGAAAGGAGGCAAAGGUGGUAAGGAUGGCAAAGAUGGUAAAGAUGGCAAAGAUGGCGGAAAAGAUGGCAAGAAAGAUCCUUGUGCUAAAUUCAAGAAAGGAGGCAAAGGUGGUAAAGAUGGUAAAGAUGGCGGUAAGGAUGGAAAGAAGGACGAUCCUUGUGCCAAAUUCAAGAAGGGAGGCAAAGGCGGUAAAGAUGGUAAAGAUGGCGGAAAGGAUGGAAAGAAGGACGAUCCUUGUGCCAAAUUCAAGAAGGGAGGUAAAGGCGGAAAAGACGGUAAAGAUGGUAAAGAUGGCGGAAAGGAUGGAAAGAAGGACGAUCCUUGUGCCAAAUUCAAGAAGGGAGGCAAGGGCGGUAAAGACGGUAAAGAUGGCGGAAAGGAUGGAAAGAAGGACGAUCCUUGUGCCAAAUUCAAGAAGGGUGGCAAAGGCGGUAAAGAUGGUAAAGAUGGCGGAAAGGAUGGAAAGAAGGACGAUCCUUGUGCCAAAUUCAAGAAGGGAGGCAAAGGCGGAAAAGACGGUAAAGAUGGCGGUAAGGAUGGAAAGAAGGACGAUCCUUGUGCCAAAUUCAAGAAGGGAGGCAAAGGCGGUAAAGACGGUAAAGAUGGCGGAAAGGAUGGAAAGAAGGAUGAUCCUUGUGCCAAAUUCAAGAAAGGUGGCAAAGACGGUAAAGAUGCUAAAAAUGGCGGAAAGGACGGCAAGAAGGAAGAUCCUUGCGCUAAAUUUAAGAAGGGUGGUAAAGAUGGAAAAGAUGGUAAGAAGGAUCCCUGCAAAAAGAAAUACUCGACCUAUGCGACUCCCCAAAUUCUGGACAGUUGCUUCCACGAGCAGGAUUCAGCUCCAGUCAAGGUGUUAAAGCCACGUUUCCUGGUCUACUCCACUCUUGUGCGUCGUCACUAUGCCGUUUCGCCCUCAAAAUGGUCAAAAUGCUCAGAGAGCAAUUCAUGUUGCGCAACGGGCAGUGACACUUCCCCGUCUGGACCUCGAUUUUCUGUUUACUCGUGUCUUGUUCGACGUCGUUAUGGCGGCUUGCCGACCAAAACCCAAUUGGCUAACCUAAGCUGCGAUGGACCACAGGUAUCCUUAAGCGGCCUGCGGCUUUACUCCAAAAAAAAGGGAAACGACGAUGGCAAGUGCAGUUCCCUCACACAAAAGUACCCAAAGAACCGACAGAAGCCAGAGAAACCACGAACUGGAUUGCGUGACGAUUGCUUCGGUCGUGACGACUGUCCAAAGAAAUUGUGCAGUGGUAAUUGUGGACCUGUGAACUUCCCACGCAAGAAAUGUGAUCCUGAUGCCAAUAACAAGAAAAAGCAAGCCAAAGCAGCAACCAAGGAGAAAAAAAUGCCAGAGAUCUGUGAAAGGCUAAACAAGAGCAACAGCAAAAAGGAUAAUGGAGAAGGCAGAAAGAAAUAAUUUUAAAACCAGGGGUCUACACGCGAUCACGCUGGAUCUGAAACGAACUUUUAGCACUGGGAAC